AAUAUUUCUACAAAAAAUACUUUGAAGGUUUAAAUCCGAACUCAUUUAACUCCGAAAUUUUAAAACGCCAAUUAAAAUUUUUAACAAAAGUAGGAGAUGUAGCAUUACCCAAAAGUAAAUUCAAACAACUCGUUCAAAUCAUAAACUCAAUGACCGCAAUAUACGGAAAAGCCAAAGUUUGCCCAUUCACCAAACAAAAAUGUAACUUAAAAACUGAAGGAUUAUCCCAAGAUGAUCUCGAUUUUAUUAUGGCCAAUUCAACGAAUCUCGAAGAAUUAGGGUAUUUAUGGCAAGCAUGGAGAAUUGCAACCGGAAGGAAAGUAAAAAAAUCAUUUAACGAUUACGUUAAAUUAAAAAAUCAAGCUGCAGUUUUAAAUGGGUUCAAAGAUGAAGGUGAUUUUUGGAGGUACGAUUACGAAAUUCCCAAUAUGGAGAAAGUCAUGGAAGAAUUAUGGUUGAGUUUAGAACCGCUUUACUUACAAUUACACACUUACGUUUUAAGAAAACUUUCUGCGUUUUACGGGAAAAAAAUUAACGUUAAAGACGGAUUACUUCCCGCGCAUAUAACGGGAAAUAAUUACGCGCAAAGUUGGGAAUAUUUAAAUAAAAUUGUUAAACCGUUUCCUAAUGCUGAAGAAAUCGAUGUAACAAAAAUUUUAAAAUCAAAAAAUUUUACGAUUUUAAAGCUUUUUGAAACCGCGAAUGAGUUUUAUACUUCAAUGGGGUUAGAUGAUAUGAGUAUGGCGUAUGGGCCGAAAGCAAUGUUGGACAAGAUCGAAAAUAGAGAAGUUGUGUGUCAUGCCUCGGCGUGGGAUAUGUGCGAUCCACCCGAUUAUCGUAUUAGUAUGUGCACGGAAAUUAAUAAAGAAAAUUUUCGGGUUAUCCACCACGAAUUAGGCCACAUUCAAUAUUAUAUCCAAUAUAGUAAACAACUCUAUAGUUUUAGAAACUCUGCAAAUGCCGGGUUUCAUGAAGCUAUUGGCGAUUCAAUUGUACUAUCGGUUAUGAAUCCGGAUCAUUUAAAAAAAAUCGGAUUAAUCGAUUCAAAUUAUAAGUCAAGUUAUGAGAGUAAUAUUAAUUAUUUAAUGGAACAAGCUUUGGAGGAUAUCCCAAAUUUUCCAUUUACUUAUUUGGUGGAUAGAUGGCGGUGGGAUGUUUUUAAGGGAAAAACUAAAUUGGAUGAAAUCAAUAAUUUAUGGUGGUUUUAUCGUAAAAAUGUACAAAAAGUUAAACCUCCAAUUCCAAGAGGACCAUUAGAUUUUGAUCCAGGUUCUAAAUUUCAUAUUAUUGGAGAUACAGAGUAUAUGCCAUAUUUUAUAGCAAAUGUAAUAAAGUUUCAAAUAUAUAAAGGACUGUGUAUAGCAGCUGGCGAAUUCGAUCCAAAUAAAAAGAAGAAAUCUUUGUUUGAAUGCGAUUUUUAUGGAUCUAAAAUUGCCGGAGAAAAGAUGAAGAUGGGUUUACAAGUAGGAAGUAGUAUUCAUUGGAGUAAAACUUUACAAAUGAUGUCCGGUCAAUCAACAAUGAAUACUUCAGCGAUUUACGAUUAUUUCGAACCGUUGAUUAACUAUUUAAAAGCAGAAAAUUUAAAAUUUAGUAAAUAAUUAGAUAAAAAACAACUUUUAUCAUUACAAAGCAUAUUUAUUUUCUUUACAUAUUAAAAUUACCAAAAAACCUUUUCAAUCAU